AUGGAUUGUUGUAGUAUAGGAAGUUGGAAUGUUAGGGGGUUGAAUAAUAAAGGUAAGCAAGAGUCUGUGUCAGAAUUUUGCAAUGUGAAUAAAAUUGGAGUUGGGGGUUUGUUAGAAACUAAGCUAAAAGGGAAUAAAGUUCAGGAGUUGAUGGACAAAAAAUUUGCUAGUUGGGAGUUCUAUAAUAGUCCUAUUGUUGAGGGCAGGUUGUUGAUUAUAUGGAGGAAGAGCUUUGUUAGAGUUUUGGUAAUUGCUGAAUUUGCGCAGCAUGUUCAUUGUGUGGUUAAAAUGGCUGGUCAAGUUAAUGCUUUCUGUCUCACUUUUGUUUAUGGUUUUAAUGCUAUUGAAGACAGGAAGAUUCUAUGGCAAAAUCUGGUGCAGCUCAAUUUUCCUGUGUCUCCUUGGUUAAUUCUUGGGCAUUUUAACUCAGUCUUUUAUGUUGAUGACAGAAAUGGAGGGAAUCCCAUUUCACAUACUGAAAUGGUUGACUCUAAUCUUUGGUUAGCCCAAUCUAAUGUUGUAGCUCUCAAAAGAUUUGGUUCGAAUUUUACUUGGACUAAUAACCAAGUUGGCUCUAGUCGAAUUUUCUCCAAGAUUGAUCAUGCAUUUGUCAAUGAGGAGUGGCAUGAUUUCUUUCCUAACACAGCAGCUCGGUUUAGUUGGGAAGCAAUAUCAGAUCAUUGUUCUUGUGUAGUAUCAGCUUCAGCUACAGAGACAAUUGGUAUCAAACCUUUUCGGUUUUAUAAUUUCUGGGCUGAUCAUCAUGACUUCAAGACCAUUGUGGAGCAGAGUUGGAAGAGGCCAGUGACUUCUAGAGGGCUAAAAGGGAUAUACAUAAAACUAAUGAGAGUUAAGCAUUGCCUCAAGAAGUUUAAUCAUGAAGUGAUUGGAGAUAUUGGGAAAAGAUUUCAGGAUGCGAAAUCUAGUUACAGUGAGGCUAAAUUUCAAGCUCAAGCUCAUCCUAGAGACAAGACUUACCAGGAUCUUGAAGCAAUUGCAGCUGCUAAAUUUGAUUUGCAAGAGAAAAUGUAUCAUAAGUUUCUCAGCCAGAGAAGUAAAAUCACCUGGCUGCAAAAAGGAGAUUCCAAUACAUCAUACUUUCAUGCGUGUCUGAAGAAGAGAAGAAUGGAAAAUAGAAUUACAUCUUUCAUGACAGAACAAGGUUUGAUUAAUGAUAAAUUUUCUGAUGUUGUGGAGCAUUUUCUCAAUAAUUUCCGAAGCUAUAUGGGCAGCAAUAGUUCUGUUAGUUCCAGAAUGAAUCUGAGCUGUAUUGAGCAGGGAACUAAACUUUCUUUAGACCAACAAGUAGGUCUGCUGAAGCCGUUUUCUAUUUUUGAAAUAAAGAAAACGAUGUUUAGCAUUCCUGAUACUAAAUCACCAGGUCCUGAUGGAUUUGGGUCUGGUUUUCUCAAGAGUAUGUGGCCUGUUAUUGGGGGAGAAGUCUGUGCUGCAGUUGCUAAUUUUUUUUAG